AUGAAUGUUCUAUAUUACCUGUUUUGCGUUUCGUGCAUGAUCUCAGAGACAUUCGGCUUGAUGUUCGGCAUGGGAGGACUCGAUCUCAAUCCGCUGCGUUGCAUGUGGCGACGACAACCCUACGAGUGCCCGCAUGAAGAUGUCCGAUUCCAUUUGUACACGCCACGAGUGCGUCAUGGCAUCGAAGUUGACAUUAUGCGCCCUUCGACGUUUCGUGCAGCUGGCUUCAUACCGCAACACGAGACUUGUUUGUUAGUUCACGGCUUCAAUGGAACGCAGCGCAGUAAACACAUUAGAUACCUAAUUGAUGCUUACAUUCAUCGCGAAUUCAACGUCAUUGCGAUAGACUGGGAAGCGGUGUCGGCAUACCCGUGUUACUUGUCGUCACUCUCGAAUACGCGACUUGUGGCACAGUGCUCGGCGCAACUCUACUCUUUUGUGACAUAUUUGGGAACGAAUCCCAAGAACAUUGUGUGCGUUGGCCAUAGUUUAGGUGCACACAUUUGCGGCAUGAUCAGCAAUCAUCUGACAAAGAAACAAUACAAAAUUAUCGGACUCGAUCCAGCGUCGCCGAUUGUCGAACGUCACCUGUCUCACCGAUUUCGUCUCACGCGAGAUGAUGCACGUGUCGUGCAAAUUAUCCACACAAAUGCCGGAGUGCUGGGACAGGAAGCUGCCUCCGGUAGUAUCGAUUUUUGCAUCAACGGAGGUCGAAAUCAGCCCUUUUGUCAUGGCUUGCCGCUGCGAAGGGCGCGUUGCAGUCACUUUUUGAGCGUGUGUUUCUUGGCAAACUCCAUGUUUAAGCACAAAAAGUGGGUAGGAGUGCCGUGUCCUAAAGGAUGUGUCGCAAAUAAUCGUUUUCCGUUCUUCUUGUCGAAAUUCUACGACGUCGAUGACAGAGGCGUGGCGCAGAUACCGACGAGGGAAUACAAAAUAGGACAAGAUACGCCGGAUGACCACACGGGAAUUUACUGCAUCAAAGUCGAUCAUGCCAAAAACUGUCCAUUCCAGUAA